AUGUCUGCCGAUCUACUAGCAGAAUUUGGCCAGGGCCCUGUCCCAGCCAGUGGCUCUUCUGGCCAGCAGAACCAGAAAAGUCCAUUCUUUGAUGACCUGAAUCAAGAGAAUAUCGAUUUUUUUGGAGCGCCGGCAAGUGCUUCACAGCACAACAGAGCUGCGGAUCCAACCCCGAAGACAGCUGGGAAGCAUUCCGCAGCUCAAAGCCCAUGGGAGUCCCAUUCUCAGCCGAAAUUUGACUUACCCCUACAUCAAAACAGUGACGUACUGUUCGAUGCAGCAUUCGACACACCAGCAAGUGACGCGGAUGACGACUGGGGUGAAUUCGAGGGACCGGAAUCUACUUCCCAGCAGGCUUCCAGGCCAACGGCUCCAUCCCAGCAGUCAUCAAUAGCUACAUUUCCCAAAUCACAACCUCCACAACCUCGACAAGAUACAUUUGGGACCUCGGGGGCGGUUAACUUGCUGGACUCCCUCUCAAUAAGCGACACGACACCAACGCUGAACCAGGAGACAAAGGUUCCCCCAAAUAAACAACAUUCCAAAUCUAAUAAUCAAAUCCAACCAACAUGGGAUGAUGAUUCGUUCGGUGACUGGGGUGAGUUCGCCGAUGUACCCGCUAGCAAACCUCGACCAAAGGUCUCGGAGAAAAAGGCAAAACCACCUGUCAAAUCUAGCAACCCGCCAGCAUCAACCUGGGAUGAUGACGCCUUUGAUGAUUGGGGUGAUUUCACGGACGGGCCCGGUGCACCACCGGCCUUCAAAUCCAAUCCGAUAUCGCCAACAGUCGCCAGUCCAGCACCUCGAAGCUUCGUCUCUGGAAGCUCGGCAUCUUCACCCAUCGUCCGCCCAACGAAUAUUCCACCGCCAUCUGUACUUCUCGAGUUAUUCUUAGAUGUGUUUGAACAUCUACAAAAGGAGGCCACACUGGUCAAAUCCCAACUACGAUCCUCGCCAUCAAACACAACCAACCUUUCCGCGAUUGCGCCAAAUAUCCACAAUGCGCUUGAAUCCGCUGCCCGUGUGAUUGCAGGGCGAACUCUCCGCUGGAAACGAGACACCAUUCUCAGCCAGAGUAUGCGAAUCGGUCCUGCUCGUUCCGGCAAAUCAGGUGGCAUGAAACUCAACAGCGUGAAUAAACACGAGAACAUCAAAGAAGAACAAGAUGCCGUCAAUGUACUUAGCCUUUGGCGCGAACGGGCGGCGGUCUUCAAUGCUGUUCUACAAGCCGCCGGUCAGCGGCCCAUUCCCGCGGUCCCGGACCCGAGUGCGCUCAAAGUUACUGUGGCUCGAUCGGACCAAGGAGCGUUGAAAGCUUCCCAUUCAUGUGCACUGUACAUCAUGGAGCUGCAGCAGAGGAUUGCGCUUAUAGAGCAGUCCGAAAAGGGCCAACGGAGUCCUUACAGUUCCAACUUUGAUACACAAACCAAUGAUCCAAAGGACCACGAAGAUGCAUCACUGGACAGGAUUACUCCUAAGGAUCAUGAUGAGUCCCAGGACUACGAAGACCCAGAUUCUGGCUUGACAAACCCGCUCUCAAGCGGCCCUCCUGCCUUCAUGGCAGCGGCGAAUGGCCGGACGUUCUAUCUUGGAACAUCAUCAAACUGGUCAUUCACUCGGCGAAUUCUUAGCUUGGCACACCAUCGUGCCUAUCAGGAGGCACUGUCGCCAGAAGCUUUACUAUUUGACGAAAUGACUUACGAACUCCCGUGGGACGGGUUACGAACAACCCCGGGCCCAGAUGUUCCCGUCAUUCCUACUCGCGACCACACUAUGUAUCUGAUCAACGCCGUCAAAUUCCGAUGUGGGCAAUUGUAUCACCUCUUUGAGGAAGGUGAGUUCAUGGCCUCAUUACGGGAAUUUUACUCGGGGGAUGGCAACACCAUGACCAAUAGUCUAUGGUACAUCCAUUUUCUCCUAAUCUUGGCGUUUGGCAAAGGAUUUGUUCAACCCAAAGCUCAAGGGAAAAAGCCGCCGGGGGUUGGCUACUUUGUCAAAGCUUUGCAACUUCUACCUGACCCCGGCGCUCUAUACCGUGAUCCUAUGGUGGCGACAGAAAUCCUCUGUUGUAUCGCGUUAUAUUCCCAGUGCAUCGAUUGCCGCACAUCGGCGCACAACUAUAUUGGGCAAGCCGUGCGGAUGGCCAUGGCACAGGGAAUGCACACUAGGAUGCCAGUCGAAGAUUUGGGCCAUGACACGGUUCAGAGAUGUGGCAAGAUCUGGUGGACAGUUUACAUUUUAGACAGAGAAAUGACCUCUCUAAUGGGUCUCCCUCAGUCUAUCAAUGAUCGCUACGUGCAAACCCAGCUUCCCACAUUCUCAGACCAAGCAGAGACCGUGUCUCUCGAGAUGCAUAUCAAGUUGUCUCAGAUUAUCGCUGAGGUCAACAGCAAAGUAUAUGCUAUCGACGGACGCAUCAAUCGAACAUUCCUGCUCAGCACUAAAGCCGCAUUAGCGAAUAUUGCAAGCCUUGCCGAUGAACUUCGCGAAGCAGUACCGUUACAUUUGGACCGAGAAGUGAGCGGUGUUUCACGAACGUCGGCCUCUUUACACCUUCUAUAUCAUCAAUGUAUCAUCCUCGCAACCCGACCUCUGUUAUUCUGCUUCCUCAAAAUCCAAUUCGAGUCACCAGAAUCCUGCCUAGCAUCCUUGAAUGCCUCCCGAAACGUUCAAAACUUGAUGCAAAUGUGUCUUGAAUCUGCCCAACACAUCAUCAGUAUUCUCCACAGCCUACAGAUCCAAGGUCUUCUAGAAACCUUCCUUCCCUUCGACCUCGAAUCCCUUUUCGUAUCAACAGUGAUCCUCCUACUAUGCCCGGCAAUCGACCCCCGCUUACUAGACAGCCACCCCAGCUGGUUGGAAAAGGCCUACGCAAUCUUCGAUGAAAUGAUCGGAGACGGGAACCAAGUAGCCAGUUUCCGGCGGUCAGAGCUGCAAAGACUGGACGAGACCUUGAGUUGCAUCUCUCAGGGUCAAUCUCGACCUUUGACGGUGCCUAAUUUCUUCCCCCAGACUGAUGUUCUUCCUAAUCCGCCUUCUCCAUCUUCGACAUCCAUCCCGGAGUCAAUACCACAGCCUCUUCAAUACAAUGCUCUUCUCAGGCAGGAUCCUGUGUUGGAUGGAGAGUGUGAUUUCGGGACGAUGUUGACUUCAGCUGAAAUUAUGGCUGUUGCGGAUUCUAUUGAGACAUUUGAUACCGAAUGGGUGUCGAAUGCGAUGGUCGAGCAUAGUAUUUGGUAG